UCCAGAUUACAACUGCGUUGUCUGAGUGCUUCACUACGUCUAGCACUGUGCAGCAUAGUGCUCGGAAGUUCGUGGGGUUGUGACUCGGAAGACGGAGUGAUGAAUUCUGUCAACUGACAAGAGAUGCAAGAACGUGAGUGGUAGAAUUGAGGCUGAUUUCGAUUGUGUCCCAGUUCUGGUUUGACCAGAUCAAGUCACAGAACUUCUUACGGCCAACUGGACCGGACGGGAGUCACAGGACAGGACGACUUGAAGCAAACGAAGCACCGUGCGGUUUUGGCUUUCGAAUUCCGACCGACAUCGGCGUCAAUCUUUUCAAAACUCGUGCAGGUGGCAGACAUAUGCGUCCGGAGGUUUUGUUUUGGAAAAUCGGCUGGCACCGAAAUUCUUGUCUAUGUCUCUAUUGUCGCUCUCGUCCUUCGAUCAUAAAUAAAGCUCCAGUUUUUAAGAGAGUUUUUACGUGAGGAUCAUAAAAAAAGCGAACAUCCUCGCUAGUUUGUUGCAAAGACGAUAAUCAAAAUGACCACAGAUGGAUUGGAUCGUGCUGCUCGAGCUUCUCGAGGAAAGAGGAUGUCAAAAUUGCUCAGCGAAGAAGUAGAAGCAGACGAAGAGUUUUGGAGUCAGGAAGCCUUCAAAGAUGAGGCUGAGGAUAUUGAGUACGAGGCCGAAGUUGAGGAGGCUGAUGUUUUCGACAGCGACUUUGACGCGGAUGAACCUGACGAAGAGGAAGGCGAUGAGGAUGAAGAUGAGAGGAGACCUGCAAAGAAGAAGCUACUGGCAGGAAGACCUUCCUCAAAUGGUAAGAAGAAAGGUGAUAAGAAGAAGAAGUCGGUUACGAAGAAAUCUGUCUCUUCCUUGGUGGAGAUUGCCGCCGCUGCUGCAGCCGGUGGUGGCUCACAACGUCCGCCAACGAAGCCCCCUCGACCACCGAAACCUGUUUCCGUUGCGAACCAAGAGAAUCGGGAAUCAAAUUUGGAUCCAGAGGGAGCGCAGGGUAUAAGAAAAUCUACAAGAAUGGCAGUUGUGGUGAAACAGGCAGAGCGCGAAGCGCAACAAGCUGCUCUACAGGCCCUAGCGAAGCCUAUUAUAAAAAGGAAAAAAGAAGAGGAGCGGAAGAUAACUCAGGAAGAGAUGCUGCUAGAGGCUGCCCAAACAGAGAUACAGAAUCUGCAAACUUUAGAGAUCAUGUUGGCACGUGAGGAGGAGGUAAAACGCAAAGCCAUCAUUCAUAAGGCAACCUACAGUGGCCCUUUGAUUCGAUUUCAUUCCAGAGAUGGCAUAAAUACACUAGGCUUUACCAAAGUUGAAGAAUUCCCAGAAGUUUUCAAUUCGUCCUGCGUACCAUAUCCGAAGAAGGUCCUCUGUGUUAUUACCGGGCUACCUGCGAAGUACAGAGACCCAAGGACGGGACAGCCUUAUGCUACCAAAGAAGCAUUCAAAUUGAUUCGUGAACGCUUCAGCAAGGUGGAGAAUACAGGAAGGAGGAGGCCAGAGGAGUCGCAUCAAAGAAAGAGGACGAAAGUGGAGAGAGAGAGACCGGGUCCUGGGAGUCGGAGCAGUGUAGCGAAGCUCAAGUUCAAGAAGGUUAUAAGUACUACUAACAUAGAUGCGUCAAGUUUGCCUCAGCCAGGCGGAAUCGUUCCAGGACAGGCUUUGAGUAGAGUGGAAGUUGAAGUGUUGACGGCACAGCCAUCGCCAGGUCCACCGCCAGAAUAUCCUGGAGACUUGGGCUUCAGUCCUGUUUCAACGUCGAGCAAGAACGAUGGGUGCAAUUUACGUCUUGAUGGGAACUCUAUGGGUCGCGAUCUGCCAGCUCUUGACAUGCCUGAGCCCAUCAAUGAAGCGAAUGAAGCUGACUUUUUGUUAGACGACCUGGAAGUUUCUCUUCCAUCAAAUUUGGAUUCCGGUCUGUCGCUCCCUACAUCGUCCAGCAUGUCUCCAAUGCUUUUGAAUCAUACCACAGGGGAUAAUGAGGCCAGAGACGUUCAUCUUGAACAAGAGGAACUGAUGGUUAUGGAUUCUGAGCAAGACCAGGCUCUUCUUCCAAUGGAUAUGUUACAAUUUUCUGAUCUUGAUGGCCUCGAGACAUCAGGGAAAAUCUCAUGAAAUAAAAGAUUC